CAAGGGCAACUGGGGAACAACUCUAUAAUUAUGUUACUUAGUUAAUAUAAUUCUAUUUGUUUCUACCAUGUGGACUAUCAGCACUAUGGCUAUGCUAAGCGGGUUCGUCUUAGAAACGACCAAAGGGAAACUUCUAAGGGGGAAAGAACUACAGGUACAGGGGGACGAAGGAACCAAGCACUUGUUAAGCAGGCAUAGGCUUAGGCAUAGUGAAAAAAUUCUAGCGCUAAAGGUAGAGAAUCUCCCAGAGAGGGUGGAAGAGCAGGCGCACGCGGAGGACUUGAAGCUGAGGAAGAUGACGCGGAGGACAAAUAUACCGGAUCAUUCCUAGCACCUUUGUAUCGAACGAUUAAGGGAGUGGAGCGUUCUCAUGCAGCGCCAAGAGAUCCGAAACAGAUGUAUAAAUUGCCAGAAUGGAGAAAGAAUGUGAAGUAUGGGGAGACGCGGAAAGAGGUGGAACAAAGGCUUGCUGCUGAAAAUUAGGACUACUCAUCUACAAAUUUUGAUAGUCGCGAUCUUGUGAUUAUUGAAUAAAUAUUUACUCCAUGAUAGAAAUACUGACUUUGAAAAGUCCUAGGUAAACCUCAUUCUGUUCGAAUUCGAUGCAGAUCCCCAAAAGUAGAAGUCGUGACAUUUCAGAUCUGUAAGUCAUUCAUUAUGAUCAUACGGAUAUUUCAAUUUCGUCUAAGUAUGUAAUCUACUUCUCACAUCACGCAGGCUAUUCGUUUUGAUUAUCAAUGAAGUGCCACAGUUCAUGGCUAUAAGGUUUAGUACGGUGGUCAUACUAGAAGACACUAUCUGUAAGUGGUCUUCUCUCUCUAAAGUACAGCAGCAGCUGAAGCCUUAGCUGCGGAACAAUUAAUGAUUGCAGAAGCGAUGGAACAUGGUCAAACCGUUGAGGCGAAACCUUUGAUUAAGGCUCAAUACAAUUCAUUUCUACAAGUAUUUUCUUGCUAUUUCUUUCUCGGAAUUGCAAGAAAUGCACGCAAGAAAUUAUGAAUUGUUUAGAGCUCUAAUUUGAUGCCUGAGAGGAUGAGUUUGAACAAUAUGCUCUUGGAGCGACGCGGAGGGAAUUCCCCGGUAGUGAAGACAGUUAAGGAACGAAUAUAAUGGUAAUCCAUAAUUCCCUCUUCGAUGUACCUGGAACUAGUCACAUUUGAGUAGAAUGUGGUUAACAUAAUGUGGUGCCACUAUGCAGUACAGAUGAAGAUGAUCCCCUGUCACUCAAGCUACAAAUAGUACGUAGAUGCAAGCUCUAAGACAGAGCGACACCAGAAAACAAAGAGGCAGGAGGAAGCUGAUAGGGAACAAGCGCGAAUCGAGGCAAUUCAAGACCCUGUAGGACAGAGAGUGCGGGAGAGAGAACCGACCGAGGCGAAACGUUAAGACUCACAUCAGGAACUCCUCUAUCCAAACUUCUAUCUAUCAUAUCCAUAAUUCCAAAGAGUAAGUUGUAUUUCAUUCCCUUACUUUCAUCUGUCACUGUUUCGUCUUGCCGGUAGUUAUUUAGCAGGAGUACAACUUGGGACGACAUGAUGACUCCUUAUCGAGGAACAGGAAUUAGAUAUUGUUUAUAAAUCAUACCAUGCAGUACUAUAGGGCUAUGAUAGGGAACGUAGUUAGUUACCGGGUAACAAACUACUUAGGAUUUGAUUAUUGAUGGAGGCUCUAAUGAGGGGAUCGUUACUUACGCGACGAAGAACGCGAUCUGAAUGGCGGUAUGGCUGAUGACGAUGCCGUUUCGUAUCGACGAGCGAUGAAACGGUUUGCAGAUGCAGAUGGAACGGUCAUUGGUAAUCUGAAACCGGAAGUGCCGACAUCCAGUUAAGAAUCUCACUUGAAUCCAUCUUUGCCUGGUGCAUCCUCCCUAAGGUCCUCAUCCUUGUAAUUGUUUUUUAUCAAACAAAAAGGACGAGGACCUUAGGUAGGAUUUUUAAUUAUUGUUAUUUUUAUAAAGUAUCUACUAUAUUUUUCCACAUCCACUCCUUCCUUGAGUACAAAACACAAAGGUACAGCAGCUACAUAAAGAUAAAAUCUACAAGAAUGCAGCUAAGUAAAGAUGAAUAUCGGAUGAAAGCCCUAAUGCAUUGAUGCUGCAAGUGGCGGAUUGCAAGAGCCUUCCGCACAAGAACCUCCUGCUCGGCCAGCCUUCGCCCAACAACAACCAUACGCGGAAACUAGUAUCAUCGCUGACAAGAAAAACAUAGUAGACAGAAAGGGAAACUUGAAAGCUGGUAUAUUGAAACGAUACGAGAAGCCUCCUGUGAACCUCGCGGGACUUGCUGAUAUCAAGCAAUAUGGAGAUCGCGGACUAGUCGAAGAAGAGCAUGAGGGUGUGAGUGCUCUUCUCGAACGGUUUUCUCCGGAAAGGCGUGGAGAACUGGACAAGAAAACGAGAAGCUUACGCGGUGGAAGUACAAGUAUGUCAACAAGCAGUGGAGGAGGCGAGCCUUCUUCAACAGCAUCGGACAAAAAGAAGAAGAAGAAGUUGAAACAGACAGGAUCGAAGUUAGGUCUAGGUGAUCAUGGUCUGGAAUCAGGUGAUCCUAAUAGCAAUGUGCAGGGGCUCUCCACGUCAACCGCAUCACGCACGCCUAAAACAGAGCGUGCAGGACUGACUAAGUCACCGUUUUCCCCACAGCAAAACCGCAAGCGCAACGAUGAGCGGAAAAGAGCUGGAGUCGAAAGACUUCAGAGGGAUGGGCCGAGACGGCGUGGAGCACCAUCAGGCAUCACGCCUGGAGAAGGCGAGGCCAGAGCCGGAACCAUACACGAGGGCGAUGACGACUCACCGCAAGCCAGAACGUCUGCUGCUAGCGACCUCUACGUGAGCAACAUGGCUCAAGAGGAGGCACAUGAUAAGGACGGAGAUGAUCAACAACAAGGAGACGACACUACUGCUCAACAAGAGGGCGCUUCUCCGUUACCACACUUUUAUCAAGAACCUCCAUCGUCUUCCCCCUCGUCUGAAGAAUGCAUGAUGGAGCCUGAAAGGGGUAAUAUAUCAGCAAGCACUGCUAGGAAGACCUCGAAGACAAGGAAGACUAGUGCUAAUACUACUAGUCGUGCUAGAAUAAAGGGCAUGUCUCUUGGAGGAGAAUUGAGGCGCGGCAUCGACUUAGAGAGCUUAAUUGCGACGAGGCCUGAGUUGAAUCAGCAAGCACAUCAGCUGAAACAACAAGUGGAUCAACAUAACCAUCGUGUUGAGCUUGCAAGACAAGAAGAUAAAGACCAAGUUGUAGCAGAUGUGGAGACAGUGGAAGUCUUGCGAGAAUCUCCAGCGAGGAAGGGACCUCCUACACCAAAACCAAAAGGAGAAACCCUAAUUAGAUCGCCGAGUCCGUCGAAAAAAGAGCCUCGACCACAGCCUCCUGACGAUGUUCGUGAAAGACAGAUACGUAAUCUCCAGGGUAAUUCGACGAACCAAGAAAAUCAAGCGAACUCAUCAUCUUUGUCCAGGUAUACCACAACUAGUGCUGCUUCUGCUUCUAGUCAACAAAAGGAUGUAGCAGUAGAAGAACCACCGGCAGGCCCAACAGCCGCUUUUGAUAAACUUCUCGCUGCACACAAUAGUUCUCUUCUGCUUCGUGAGAAACGGAAGAAGGAGGAAGCACAAAGACGCCAACGCGAUGCUGGCAGAGUAGUCCGCGUUGAAGAUGAUCGUGCGCCUGGUAUGCCGCCUCUGGGGUCUUGUUGCUCACCUAGGGAACCAAAGUAUCAAGAGCAGACGUCUUCGUCUUCUGCAACUUCUAUGUUGAGCCACGAACACGAUUUCCAAGUCUUCGGAACUGCAGGUGGUACCCGCAUUGACAUGGACGAUCGUGGAGGAACAAAUGUCGGAGGUGGAGGUCUAGGAGGUCUUCUAGUGGAAGACAAGAGGAAAUCUUCGUUAUCAUUAUCACGACAUCAAGCUCGACCAGGAGAUCUUCUUGAAUCGCCAGUUAAGGGACAGGACCACUACGAGUUGCCAGCUCCGUCUAAACUCCUAGCACGCGCUCAACAUCAUGUUGCCCGUCGCUGUCUAGCACUCUCCGCUAAGAAUGCUGCUGCUGGUGGUGGAGGUGGGGCAGUUGUCAAAAAAUAAUGACAAGAACUCAUGAACAUGAUCAGCUUUGCAUGAUCCAGGAUAAUAUCAAAGUAAGUCUACUAAAAGUAGAACUAGAAAUGGCAAGUAUUUUCGAAAUUGACGAUCACUCAUUCUUGAAAUUAAAUAGAAUAGAGAUACUCAAUAACUCAAACUCCAAAGUCAUGAAAAAAAGUAACAGGCAGUAACUUACAAUUGCAUAUGCGAACACCCGGCGACCAAGAGCUUAUACUAUUACUAUCAAGAUGUAUCACGUGAACCCGACUGAGAACUGAAGAUGACAACUCGAAAAAAACUACACAAAAUUUCGAAACUUCGACUUAAAAAAAACUGAAACUACUUUUGCGGAAAAACAUCAGAAAAUCAAGGCUAUUCGGUCUAAGUUUAAUCAAACUAACUCAUGAAAAUUGUAAAGUGCACUUGUGCUUGUGGCUCACGUGGUAAGCCACGCACGUAAAGCACCACGUAUGUAGAGCUUUCAUUUACCGCUACCCUCUAAAAGUAGUGAAGAUAGUAUGACUAUGACAGAUGAACAAGUAGGCCGGCUAAUAUACAAAGUGUAAUACAAAUGUCAUUGAAAAUGAACUGCACAUGUAAGAAACAAGAACCGAUUGUACAGCCACCCACACCAGCAAGAAAAAAGUCAAAGGGGUUGAUAAGGAAAUAUUCGCGAAGCUGACGUCGCAAAGUACAAGAAAACAAAUAUGCUAAAAAGUAUAGCAAGUAAUAGGAGAUACGAGUGGAAGAAGUAGUUGUUGAGCAAGAAGUGCUUCUUGCUACUCGAAGAGGACGACAACUACGAUUACGAAUUAAGUGUAUGAUUCAAGUAUGAAAUCAUAUUAUUGGCGCGAUGUAAUACUAGAAGUAGGUAUUAUAAUUCUUCUGCGAUCAUCAUAACUAACAAUAAAAACUACAAGUACAAGUUAAAAAGAAGUUCUUUGACUCUCAUUCCAUCUCAAGUAGAUUCAUUCUAAGAAAAAGUUGAGUAUGAUUGCUAACAAAGUAUUCAAAUCCAAGUUGUUUGUUCACAAAUUUCUGCAUAACAUCAUUCAAGGUAUUCGGAAAGCGCAACGUCCAUAUAUCAGAUAGUACUUCUGAAGAACCUAAUAUUAAUCACCACGUAAACCAAACAAGUAUGAUAUUCUUCCGAGAACCAGAACGCAAUUAAAUGUAUGAAGUAGAACUAAUACCCCUGCAAGAACAUGAAGUGACCCAAAUAUUGCCCUGUGAACGAGAGAUGUAUCUCAAUUGUACCUGAUUCAAUACUUCGUCCUCCAUCUUCUGCGUGUGUGGUAUAGAAGUGGCUUGCAAGGAC